AUGGAUACCGUCCAGGAAUCUAAGUCUUCAACAUUCAAAGCGGACCAUGGUGCUACUCCUACUCCCGAUGCCGAGCUGGCAAAGGGCGAGGUUGGCAUCGCGGGCCAGCUAGACAUGCCCAUGAAGCGCAAGUUCAAUAUUUUGAGCAUCGUCGCUGUGGGAUACAACAUUUCAAACAGCUGGGUGGCUAUUGCCGCUAGCUUCGCUAUCGCUAUUCAGUCAGGAGGCGCCGUGUCUCUGCUCUAUGGGAUCAUCCUCGUCACCUUUGCCAUGCUCUGCACGGGCGUGACUUUGGCCGAACUAGCCAGUGUCUACCCUACUGCUGGUGGACAAUACCAUUUCACUUCUAUAUUAGCUUCGCGGCGUUGGAGUCGUGGACUAUCAUACUUCAGCGGCCUCGCGGCGAUAUUCUCCUGGAUCUGCCUGGGUGCUUCGAUUAGUUUGUCUUCGACAAACGUACUCAUGGCAAUCAUAAUUCGUUGGCGACCACAAUACCAGCCGCAGACAUGGCAUUACUUCCUUGUCUAUCAGUUAUUCAAUAUAGUGAUCGUUCUUUACAAUGCCUUUCUGACCAACAGGACCCUCUGGGUGUACAAUGUUGGAUUUCUCCUUUCCAUCUCAACCUUUGUUGUUAUCACUAUUACGUGCCCAGCUCGGUCUGGUGUGCAGGUCGACUCACGAGAGAUUUGGGGUACAUUCAUCAACGGGUCUGGUGGCUGGCCAGACGGUAUAUCGUUCUUGACAGGCCUCUCAACACCACAAUUUAUGCUAUCUGGUCUCGACGCAACCCUUCAUCUGGCAGAAGAAUGUCUUGAUCCGGAGCGGGUUGUACCCAAGGCAGUUAUGGUUACUGUAAUUGUGGGGUUCUUGACUGCAUUUCCCUUCUCUAUUGGUAUCAUCUACAGCAACCGCAACGUCGGGGAGUCGUUGUCUACCUCGACUGCGUUCCCUAUCUAUUUCAUCUGGGAAAAGGCCACGCACUCACCUGCAGCCGCAACAGUGUUUAUGGCCUCCCUGUUCGUCAUCUCCUGUGUCGCAAUCAACGCCGUACACCAGACAGCCUCCCGGCUUACCUGGUCUUUCGCGCGCGAGGCCCUGUUCUUCUCACGAAAGAUAUCAUCCGUACAUUCUUCACUUGGAGUCCCAAUAUACGCUCUCAUUCUCAACGGCGUCCUCGUCUUUCUUGUCGGGAUCAUAUACGUGUGCUCGUCAACAGCUUUCAACUCAUUCAUCAGCACGACCGUCAUCGUCGCGCAAAUAUCGUUCGCUAUCCCCGCUGCCCUCCUGAUCUCUCGUCGUCGCUCAACCCACUACCUCCCGUCGAACCGGCCAUUCAAGGUGCCAAAUGUGGUGGGAUACAUCUCAAAUGUGGUCUGCAUUAUUUGGGCAGUCAUAUUGACCGUCUUCUUCUGCUUCCCCACUGAACUUCCAGUCACUGGUGGUAAUAUGAAUUACGCUUCGGUCGUAUUGGCUGCCAUGCUUGUGAUCGGGGUCGCGAAUUGGUUUGCGUACGCGAGGAAACAUUAUCAUGGGCCUAGGUUGGAAAUUUAA